AAAGAAAUUGAAUAAUUCAUUUGACACACCUGUUGAAAUUCCAAGCACAUUCCAAGCACCAAAAUGUUAUCAAAAUAAAACACAAAAUAAUAAAAUGAAAAAAUUGUAAAAAAAACCGGAAAGGCACUGCAAUUAAUGAAUUAUUGAAAUAACUGAAUACCAUUUGGAAAAAAAGAACAAUGGACCGUGCUCGGCGAAAUCGUAGGGGCCGCUAUCAAUCCCAGAACAACUCUACAGCAGAUCAAUAUAACACACGAACUACUAAGCCAUGGUCAUUUCUAAGUGGAUUUUAUAGUUUCAUGAUCAUGUGCUGUCUGCUAAGCGUAAUCUAUCUGAUGUUGGAAUACCACUGUCACACGUGCAAUACAAAAUGUGAUCUUAACGGAAUCACCAGGAACAUUAACGAUAUUUCGAGAAAUUUGUCUUUGAUGAAAAACAAUUAUGAAGACUUAGAAAUCAAACUAUCAAAGUUUUCUCAAGAGCUACCUAAGCUUGAAGGACAAAUGGAAAUACUUGAAGCCCUGGCGAACACUGUGGAAACAAAGGAUUUUGGAUGGAAUCCGAAUUCUCCUUUACUUCUGAAUGCAGAGAGAAUUCAAACGCAUUCUGUAUUUGAUUCAGGAAAUUUUAGUAAAGUGGCCAAACAGAAUAUUUUCAAGCCAGAUCUCGGUAUAGAUUGACUAGGAACAGACAAUGAAACAAGUGAGGAUAAGCGAAACAUGUGCUAUGGAUUUUUUUGAUCACUUUAUUACAAAUAAAAACAUUUUCAUUACAAAA